UUCCAAAAGCUUUGGAGGAAUGUACUAAUCCAGUUAGCUCGCAUGUUUAGGGAUGUCCUAACUGAUUUCUGUUCUUUGGUCUGAUCUUCAACCACUUUGUUCUCAUCAAUGAUCUCUUCUUCAGGAGGCUACACCUGGACAGGUGAACAGCACAUGCAUGACCCUCUGCAUCUUCUCAGUAUGCAUCCGAAUCAGAAACUCAUGGAGACGUUUGGUCUAAAUGAUGCCCACAAGUUCGUAAAAAUGUAAACAAAUGCACUUUAAUAAAAUUCACACAUCUGACAAGUUAACUUCAGCUCAGUCAAGAUGAAAAUAAACCCAUCUGCUUUUACUUUGAAAUUAUUUAACAACUCUUUUUCAAGGUGGCACCAUCAGAUAUUAUAAAGUUACAAAACAUGCAUCUGAACUAAUUUAUAUUUAUAAAAGGAAACAAAUGAAGCCCAAAUGUUGGUUUUAAUGCAGACAUAACUUUAAACUGAUUUUUUUUAGCUUUGUUGAUGUCCAAGAGUUACGUGCAGUAGCAGAAAAAUACCUGCUGUGACGUCAGAGGGCAGAGAAAUCAAAAGUGUGUGUGUGCGCGCGCGCAUCACUAGGCUGGCUUUAGCCCCCCCGAAGUAACUUUGUGGAGGUGUACACUCCGUGCUGGUGUACGAGGCCGCGGGGUGGAAACAACUUGGAGGUCACGCACGUGUUUUGGAGAUGAUGUUCCGGACAGAGGAGGCCGCUCCCCAUACGUCCAGUUCCUCCAGCGUGAAACGUCUGUUCCUGACAAAGCUUUCAUUCUCAGAUGUGUUCAGCUGGAAACGGAAUUAUGUCGGGAAUGUGCGGUAACUGCUGCAGAGAUGUGACCAGAAGAAGAGCUGGCACCAGACAUAAGCGACUGUUUGUGGCUUGAAGUCAAGAUUUAUAAUGUAGCCGCAGGGCAGAGAAACACAAGCGAGUGUUUUAGUGUUUCAUUAACACCGAUUAUAAUUGGGAAACGUUUUGUGAGGAAACUUGUGGUUCCUAUUUUUAAUGUUGUAAGUGACCGUUUAUCAGAAUAAUGAGCUGGAAACAAAAUUCAUGAGAAAAUAAUAUUUAUUUACAGCGAUUGGCUUAAAAAUUCAGACUAAAACACAUUUAUGGGACUUAAUGAAUUACUCCAACUUCACUUUUAUCUCUAUUUUCCAGCAGCUGCCUGGUUUUCUCCGCUGGUACGUGGAGAGACUGUUAGAGGAAAACUAUCAGCGCGUUUCUUAUUGGACGGAAGUUCUUUGCCUCGGCCAAUCAGCACGCCCCAUUGCGUGCCACGAGCCUCCGCGCGACCAAUCACAGAGCGGGAGCGCAGACGCAAGCAGAGAAAAGCUCCGCUACUUUUCACGGUCGCCUCUCACUUUGUUACCGGUGUCAACAACCCACACCGGCGGCUCUCCGGUGCAACAGAAACCCGCAACCCUGCCACGCCAACGCCGUCUAGCGCCACGGUCAAAGACCCGCGGCGGUCCCGGCACGGUGCCCGGGCAGCAGGAGCCGAAUUGAGAGUAUAACUUCUAGAGAACCUCACGACUUUACAGCCCGGUCUCCCGGUGAACGAGGAGGUUUCCGCCGUCCGUGGGGGGGUGGAGGGAUGACUGCGUUGGCGGGGUCAGCACCCAGGAUGAUGCGACCCACGCUAGCCCAGAACUACCCCCGCAGCGGCUUCCCUCUGGAAGUGUCCACCCCGCUGGGCCAAGGCCGAGUCAACCAGCUCGGCGGAGUCUUCAUCAACGGCAGACCUCUACCCAACCACAUCCGACAUAAGAUCGUGGAGAUGGCGCACCACGGGAUCCGGCCCUGCGUCAUCUCCCGUCAGCUCCGGGUCUCCCACGGCUGCGUGUCCAAGAUCCUGUGCCGGUACCAGGAGACGGGCUCCAUCAGACCCGGGGCCAUCGGAGGCAGCAAACCCAAGCAGGGAGCAUCUCCGGACGUAGAGAGGAGAAUAGAAGAGUACAAGCGGGAAACCCCGGGUAUGUUUAGCUGGGAGAUUCGGGAUAAAUUACUGAAGGAUGGAGUAUGUGACCGCAACACCGUUCCUUCAGUGAGCUCCAUCAGUCGCAUCAUGAGGAGUAAAUUCGGGGGGAAAGGCGAGGAAGAGGAGGAUGAAGAUGAGAUGGAGAAGAAGGAGCAGGAUGAAAACGAUCGCAGGACCAAACACAGCAUCGAGGGAAUUCUGGGAGACAGAUCGAGUCACUCAGACGACGGCUCUGAGGUGGAGUCGGAGCCUGACCUGCCCCUUAAGAGGAAACAGCGGCGCAGUCGGACCACCUUUACGGCUGAGCAGCUGGAGGAGCUGGAGAGGGCUUUUGAGAGAACACACUACCCUGACAUCUACACCAGGGAGGAGCUCGCCCAGAGGGCCAAGCUCACAGAGGCUCGGGUGCAGGUGUGGUUCAGCAACAGGAGAGCCAGGUGGAGGAAGCAAGCUGGGGCCAGUCAGCUGAUGGCGUUCAACCAUCUGAUCCCAGGGGGGUUCCCACCCUCGGCCAUGUCCAGCGUCCCACCCUACCAGCUCCCUGACAGCACCUACCCCCCCUCAUCCCUGGCACAAGAGCCUCCCAACACUGUGCACCGUCCCCAGCCUCUGCCUCCGUCCUCGGGCCACCAGGCCUCCAGUGGUGGAGGGCAGGGAGAGGGAACCUCUGCCUACUGUCUCUCCUCCGGGCGUCACUCCUUUUCAGGCUACUCAGAAAGCUUCGUUAGCCCUGGAGGACCAACGAAUCCCAUGAACCCCACCAUAGGAAAUGGAAUCUCUUCACAGGUGAUGGGUCUGCUGAACCCCGGCGGCGUGCCACACCAGCCCCAAAGCGACUACGCCAUCUCCCCUUUGACGGGGGGCCUCGAGCCCCCCACCGGCAUGGCCGCCAGCUGCAGCCAGCGCAUGGACCACAUCAAGGGCCUCGAGGGUCUCACCAGCAUCCCCUCCAUGUCAGCACUGCCCUCCCUACCUAGUUCCCAGUCCUUCUGCACCCCGUCCUACAGCUCGCCAGGCUAUACGGUCGACCACGUUGCAUCCUACCAGUAUGGCCAAUACGGACAAAGUAAGGUGCCCUUUCUUAUUUGAGGCCUGAGAUCACCUGAUCAGCUGCUCUGCACAUGGGUGUGUGUGUGUGUGUGUGUGUGUGUGUGUGUGUGUGUGUGUGUGUGUGUGUGUGUGUGUGUGUGUGUGUGUGUGUGUGUGUGUGUGUGUGUGUGUGUGUACAGUUACAGGACCAAACUCUACCGUAUACCAAGACAUGACUGCAGAUGUUAUGGUUUAAGUUAUGACUGACAGAGUAAAAUUAAAGGGAUGAACAAAGGAACAGCGGAGCAGGAAGCUGUCGGCAGGCUGUGAACUUUUCAGUGCCUGCGUUUUGAUGAUCUGCAGAAGCUCCGGCGCUUAUCGAGGCUGGCUGAGUGGACUUGUGAGGGCCUUCUGUCCCCCAACGAGGACUUCUCCACAGAUAACCACAGAUGGCGUUUGUGUCCAUGACGUCUCUGAGGGGACGGCAAACCCAAAUAUCACAGACUGCCUUCGAGUCAGCGCUUCAAGGGAACCAUGUCUGAGUGCUGCGCUUAAACUCUUAUAUCUUAAACUGAUCCCUGAUUGGAGGGACAGAAAAGGGCUUUGUUCAUUUUCAUAUUUCCGAUCGGAGAGGAAUUCCAGAGAGGAAGGAAAACAAACAGGAUCCAAGCGACUUGUGGGAUUUUACUGUAUCAGACACACUAAUGUAGACCCCAGCUGUAAGGCAGGGAGGGUCCUCCCCCUCUGUCCCCCCACCCCUUCCCGUCCCUCUCUCUCAUUGAUGUUUUUGAACGGUGAGCCAAAGAUCCCUGGCCUUUUGUAGUUUCCUCGAGCGACUCGGAGGAGGUCAAAGGGCAACCUGACGGAAAGUGACAGAUGAGAAAGAAGAAGUGGAGGGCGUCGGACGAGUGGCUUUAAAGAAGACUGUUUAGGGUGGGGAGUGGG